UACCUAGGACUGUCCACGACGUCUACAGUGUAUGCAGCGGAACUAUACGGGAUCAGCUUAGCACUGCAGAUAGCGCAAGCAUACGCGAAUGGAGACGGAAGCAGACGCAACGUCGCCAUCUACACAGACAACCAGGCCGCCAUAUGGUCGAUCACCAAAGCGGAAGGACGGACAGGAGCCUACAUCCUCGAGGAGAUCGCACGCCAAAUCCAGGACCUCCAGGACAGAGGACGACCAGUGCAGGUCCGAUGGGUGCCGGCC